AUGUCUUCUGCUCCUGACGGGCAACCAAUGCUGCCUCUUCCUGGAGCCCCGUCUUCUUCAUGGUCCCGAUUUCGUGAGAGAUUCGGUGCACUAUUUCAUGGCGCUGACCCCAGAGUCUGUGUUGCAUUCUGGCUACUUGGAUUGAUCAACAAUGUCCUCUAUGUUAUCAUUUUGUCCGCAGCCCUCGAUUUAGUUGGUCCUAGUGUCCCCAAGGGCGUCGUUCUUCUCGCAGACGUCAUUCCCUCAUUCGGAACCAAGCUGAUAGCACCCUACUUUAUUCAUUUGGUUCCAUAUCCGGCUCGAGUAUUGUUCUGUGUGCUAUGUUCAGCCGUGGGUAUGCUUCUGGUGGCCCUGAGCCCAGCGUAUACAGAUGGCGGUUCAAUUUCCACCAAAAUCGCGGGCAUUAUUCUGGCGAGCUUGUCGAGCGGAGGAGGCGAACUGAGCUUCCUAGCACUGACGCACUUCUACGGCCCGUUCAGUCUGGCAGCCUGGGGUAGUGGUACCGGAGCCGCCGGGCUGGUCGGGGCUGGUGCGUACGCCGUCGCAACUACCUCUAUGGGGCUCAGUGUCAGGUCGACACUCCUAGCAGCUGCCUGCCUGCCAGCAAUCAUGGUUGUGAGCUUCUUCGCCAUUCUGCCAAGAGCUCCCAUACGGACAUUGGCCGCUGCACCUGUUGAGUAUCGUGCAAUUGACCAGGAAGAUCGGGAUGACCUUCUGGAUGAGCGGCACGGUCUACUCGGCUCCUCAGCUCCCCCGAGCCGAAACAAGAGGAGCGACGCGAGUCAUGAGCUCGGCUUGCAGGUGUUCAAAGCUAACCUGCAGCGAGCUAGGGGACUUUUCUUUCCCUUCAUGCUCCCCCUUCUGCUAGUCUAUGUGGCCGAAUACACAAUCAACCAAGGGGUUUCUCCGACCCUGCUGUUUCCACUUAAAGAUUCGCCGUUUGAACAUUAUCGUGCAUUUUAUCCCGCGUACAAUGCGAUCUAUCAGGUUGGUGUUUUCAUCUCGCGAUCGUCCACCCCUUUCUUUCGGAUUCACGAUCUUUACCUUCCGUCACUGCUGCAAAUCAUCAAUUUGGUCGUAUUGACAUUGCACGCCUUGUUUGACUUCAUCCCGAGCGUGUACAUAAUAUUUAUAGUCAUCUUCUGGGAAGGGCUAUUAGGGGGGCUGGUUUAUGUCAAUACAUUCGCCGAAAUCGGGGACCGGGUGCCGAAGGAAGACCGAGAAUUCUCGCUCGGAGCGACGACUGUCAGCGAUUCUGCCGGAAUUUGUAUAGCGGGCUUUCUGGGAAUGGCGUUUGAGGUCUGGUUGUGUGAUUGGCAGGUCGCCCACGGUCGGGAUUAUUGCCGGAAACUAUGA